GAUAACGACUAUAACAAUUUUUAUCACGACAAUUCAAAACUUAUAACUGUUUCUAAGUUUGUGUUAAGUGCAAUUUAAAUUUUUUACCGUAGAACAUUUUUAGUCAUCUGUACUUUCUUGUAUUAUAUAUUACUACUGAGAGAAGAAAAGUAAUAACUAUGUAUUGUGAUAGAGUAAUUGAAUUAUUAAAAGAAUUGGAGCGUUCUCGUGAAGAUACAAUACCUCCAUACAACAAUGAUGGAGUAAAUCAAGUACUUACAGAAAUGAAAAUUUUAGAUGAUGAAAUUUUAGAUAUUAUACGUAAUCAUCCCAGAGACCAAGUUCCAAUGGAUCCUGUACUUUUACGCCGUGCAGCAAUUGAAAGAAAUAAAAGAUGCUUAAUGACUUACAUAUGGACUAGACUGCAACGGUUAAAAGAAAUGAGAUGGGAAAUAGGAGCUAUUUUACCAAUAGAUAUCAGACAAAAUCUCUCACAAUCUGAAAUUGAGUGGUUCAACAGUUAUUGUAAAUCAUUAGUAUUGUAUAUGAAAUCCAUUGGACCUGAUACAGGUCUUAAUCUUUUUCAAGAUAUGAAACCACCUAAAUCACUCUAUACAGAAGUUAGAAGUUUAGUUGAUGCUGGAAAAUUAGAGUUGGAGAGUGGUGAAAUUCUAAUUUUAAGAAAAAAUAGUCAAUACAUGUUAUCUAGGUCACAGGCUGAACCACUUAUACGUCAGGGAAUUCUCGAACAAGUUAGAUAUUAGUUUAAGUGUAGUUAUUGUCAUUGCAUUUAAUUAUUCAAUACAUUCUCUAAAUUGGCGUUAAGAUUAUAAAUUACAUAAGAAAGAUAUAUAGAUAUUAACCAGCAUAAUAUUAAUUAAAAAAAAUAUAAUGUCUUCCUCAUAUCCAAAUCACAGUGAAGUAACCAAAGAGUGGCUGAGAAAGCUGCAGUGUUUCCAUCUGAAAUUUUAUAGAUUUAAAAUAAUUGCUAUGAUCUUUGAAAAUAGCUAAUAAAUAAUAAUUGUAUGUAUUUAAUUAAUUUUAAACUAUUAUCUUUAUUUUGUUAGCUUGUCUAUUCAUGAUAUAAGAAUUAGUGUGCUAAACUUAUAAGAUGUAUUGUUAAAUUUUUAUUUGUAUAAAUAUUAUCAAUCUUACUCUGAAAAAUAUGUUUGAUUAUGCCACUGUCAAAUAAUUAACUUAUGUUUUUCAACGCCAUUAUUCUUUGUCAUCUACACGAGGAAGAAUCUAUGGAAAAUUUUUUGUUUAUUUAUUGAAUAUCCUUAAUUAAACAGAACCUCCCUCUUUUAUUUUCUUAUCAUACAAGGCAUCUCUAAAACUAGAAAUUCACUUAUGUUUACUUCUUGUGAAUUAUAGCUGCAAUAAAAAAACUGUAUUUUGUGUUUAAUAUAUGUCAUUAUAAUAAAACCUUUAUUUUAA